AUGGAGCGGUACAAGCUGCGCCCAUACCCGUCCGCCCGCACUCCGAGCAGUGCUCUGUACCUCUGCGUUGACCAACUGACUGAAAGGGAGCUUGCCGUGAAGGUUAUCGGCAAAGGGAACCCAUCGGCUGAUCGCAGGGUCCGGCGGUUGCUUCAUGGAGUUCAAAUGGUUGCGCGCGCAGGGCCACAUCAAAACCUUAUCGCCGUCCACGGUGUCUACGAUUCCGAUGGUAAUGUAUAUGUGUUUAUGGACUACGCGGAGGGUGGAACGUUAUUGAACUACAUAAAGCGUCGAGGGCCACUCCCAGAGGGAGUUACUAUUCAGGUUGUAAGACAGCUGUUGGAAGCACUUGCGCACCUCCACGGCCGAGGUGUAAUGCAUCGCGACAUUAAAGCAGAGAACAUCCUAAUUCGUGAGCCCACGGAAGGGAGGAAGCCCCUGGGGCGUGUGUGCAUCUGUGAUUAUGGUUUCGCGACGUGCUCAACCCCAACAAACGAGUGCGUGGGUUCUCCAGGGUACUGUGCUCCGGAGAUAGCUCUAAUCGGAAUCACGCAAGGACCGAAGGCGGAUGAGAAUGGCUACUGUUACGAUGAGAAGUGUGACAUUUGGUCAUUGGGAGUCACUACGUAUGCAAUGUUAAGCGGACAGCUCCCCUUUACCGGAGGCACACCAACAGAUGUGUUUAAAAGUAUCCUUCGGGAUAGCGUGCCAUUCAGUUCCCCCACGUGGGGUAAUGUAAGCCACGAGGCAAAGAAGUUUGUUCUUUACCUGAUGACCUUCAAGGCAAGUAACAGGCCUUCUGCCCGAGCGGCACUGGGGCACCCUUGGUUAGUUGUGUAA